AUGGGUAAUUUAUUUGCAUCGUCAACGAAAUCUCAGGAAGACCAAAGGCGACAAACUUUAGAAGAAUAUUGGCAAAGGCAAGAUUUGGAAGAUUAUUGGCGAAGACAAGAAGCAGAAAAUUUAUACAGACAAAGGAUAGUUCAAAAGAAAAGACGUUACGAGCAAGUGGAUAGAGGAUAUGUAUCACAAAAACCAUGGAAAUUGUCUUUGAUUAUUAAUGUUUAUAAUGACGACUUACUUCCUUGGCAUGACUUGUUACGUAUUUCUCGGUGUCAAAAUCCAACCUUAUAUGGUCAAUAUUUACUGAAAAAAGAAGAAAUGAAAUCAAGAUAUGGGAACGUAAAUGUACAAUAUAUGUUUCAUGGAACUAAUAUUUCCAAUUUGGACAACAUUUUUAAAUACAAUUUAGAUUGGAGACGUCAUGGCAAUAAAAUAGGAAAUAGGUACGGGAAAGGCGCAUCUUUUAGUAAAAUAGCUGCAUAUUCUAGUCAUUACUGUGAUAAAAAAGUAAAUGUAAAAGUAAUGAUUGUAUUUGAAGUCCUUAUAAGCAAUUGCUGCAAUGGUGAUAAUAAUAUGAUAUUGCCAGAUAUAUAUGAUCGUAGAACGAAACUCAGAUAUGAUACAGCUGUAAAAGAUAAUAAAGGCAGUGUUGUUGUUAAGUUUUCUGAUUAUGAAUUCUAUCCAAUGUUCAAAUUAGAAUUCAGGGGAUAUCCAAAAGCGAUAAAUAAUGGGAUGUAA